UCGCCUUCCCUCUCGCCUACCGCCCCCUGGCACUCCUCCCCCGCCCCAAGGAGGCCAGCCCGCCCGGCGACACCGUGCCAGACUUGCCCGCGCCGCCCUGAGGCCGGGUAAGACCGCAGCGGCGCGGCGGAGCCCCGGGCCGGCCGCCUCAUGCACCCGCCCGGCGCCCUGCCCGCCAUGGCCGAGGGCGCCUUCUCGCUGGCCGCCCCGGCGGCGCGGAGCCCCGGGGGAAACCCGUCGAGGCUUCACAGCAUCGAGGCUAUCCUGGGGUUCACCAAGGAAGACGGGCUGCUGGGCGCCUUCCCGCCCGACGGCAGCGCCAAGGAGGCGGACCGGCGAGGGCCCCGGCAUUGCCUGCCCAAGAUGCCCGGAGAGCAGCCGCCGGCCGAGCCCCAGGGCCGCGCUGAGCGCUUCCAAGAGCCGUACUGUCCCGGCAGCGCCAGCCCCGAGUUGCCCGCUGGCAGCAGCGGCGAGGGGAAGCCGUCGGAAGAGGAACAGCCCAAGAAGAAACACCGGCGAAACCGCACCACCUUCACCACGUACCAGCUUCACGAGUUGGAGCGUGCCUUUGAGAAAUCCCACUACCCCGACGUGUACAGCCGCGAGGAGCUGGCCAUGAAGGUCAAUCUGCCCGAAGUCCGCGUCCAGGUUUGGUUUCAGAACAGAAGGGCUAAGUGGAGGCGGCAGGAGAAACUGGAGGUGACCUCCAUGAAGCUGCAGGACUCGCCCAUCCUCUCAUUCAACCGCUCACCGCAGGCAGCACCCAUGGGUCCUCUGAGCAGCAGCCUGCCCCUGGAGACGUGGCUCAGCCCACCGGUGCCCAGCAGCACGGCCCUGCAGACCCUGCCUGGCUUUGUGGCCUCGCCGCAGAGCCUGCCCGGCAGCUACACGCCGCCGCCCUUCCUGAACUCUCCAGCAGUGACCCACGCGCUGCAGCCUCUGGGGGCCAUGGGGCCACCACCGCCUUAUCAGUGUGGAGCCACCUUUGUGGACAAGUUCCCUUUGGAUGAGGCAGACCCACGCAACACCAGCAUUGCCGCCCUGCGGCUGAAGGCCAAGGAGCACAUCCAGUCCAUUGGCAAGCCCUGGCAGACAAUCUGAACUCCCUCUCAGCAGCUGGGAGAAAGCCAUGGGGAAGACGCAUCCCAGAACGCCUGAGGGGCACCCUUACCCUGCCUUGGCUGCCACGGAUGGAUGGCCAGGCACAGGAGGGCUGUCCCUUACACCCGCCUUUCCCCUACGCCUUGACUUGCUUUUGUAUUUUGUGGUCCUUUUAAUUCCCUUUUCCACAACACCUGAAGAGUUAGGGGCCUGAUCAUAGCUUAGGAAAAACAAUCUCUUUUGCUCUCCCUCCUUGGCUGGAUGCUUUAGUUGCAAUAAAAGCUACAGCAGGGCAAAGAGCUAUGUAAGGUGGCUGGGAGCUCAGGACUGCUGUACCUGGGGAGGGGGUUCUAC